GCGUCCGUUUCCUCGUAAACCAGUGCUCCGGGACGGGCCCAGUCAUUCCAUUCAGUCGGCUGAAACCAUGGCGUCUGGCAGCACGGGGAGCAGGGUAUCCUGCGGGAGAGACUUGAACUGCGUGCCGGAGGUAGCCGACACUUUGGCCGCGGUCGCCAAACUCGGGUUUGACUUCCUGUGCAUGCCCCUGUUCCACGAGCGGUUCAGGAGGGAGUUCGAGUUGGCGCCCGCUAGCUCCCGGUCCGGCGCGCACACCCGAUCAGACCUGCUGCUGUGUGGAAGAGAUUGGAAUACUCUUAUUGUUGGGAAGCUCUCUCAAUGGAUCGACGCAGAUUCAGAGAUCGAGUCCGAGCGCCGAAACUCGGAGGCUGCUCUGGUACAGGAGCUAAACUUCUCGGCCUACCUGGGUCUGCCCGUCUUCAUGAUCCCUCUGAAGGGCGCUCACUGUGCCAAUCUAGCCCGUAUGCUGCUGAACCACAUCCACACUGGACACCACACCUCGAAUUUCUGGAUACGUGUCCCGCUGAUGGCGUCGGAUGACAUGCGGGAAGAUCUAAUCGAGAACGAACCGGUCACCGGCGUCGAUGACACGAGCGUUGAAGAGAAGACCUGGAGCUGGUGGCACUCAUUCAGAACCCUGUGUGACUACAACAAGAGGGUCUGUCUCGCUAUUGAAGUCGGAGCAGACAUGCCGUCAGAGGCGGUGAUCGAUAAGUGGCUCGGGGAGCCGAUCAAAGCGGCCAUACUUCCCACCAGCAUCUUCCUCACUAAUAAGAAGGGCUUCCCCGUUCUGUCCAAAGCACAUCAGCGACUCAUCUUCAGUCUUUUCAAGCUGGAGGCCCAGUUCGUCUUCACGGGCACCACGCGCCACACAGAGAAGAGCUUCCAGUCCUACCUGCAGUACCUGGAAUACCUCAACCAGAACCGGCCCGCGCCCAAUUCUUACGAGCUCUUCGCCAAGGGCUACGAGGACUACCUGCAGUCUCCCCUCCAGCCCCUCAUGGACAAUCUGGAGUCUCAGACAUACGAAGUGUUUGAGAAGGAUCCUAUUAAAUAUUCACAGUACCAACAGGCUGUAUAUAAAUGUCUACUUGACAGAGUUCCUCAAGAGCAGAAGGACACAAACGUCCAGGUGUUGAUGGUGUUGGGAGCCGGUCGGGGGCCCCUGGUCAAUGCGUCCCUGCGUGCUGCCAGACAGGCCGACAGGAAGCUGAAGGUGUACGCGGUGGAGAAGAAUCCCAACGCUGUAAUCACGCUGGAGAAUUGGCGCUUUGAGGAGUGGGGCGAUCAGGUGACGGUGGUGUCGUGUGACAUGCGCGACUGGGCGGCACCCGAGAAGGCCGACAUCAUCGUCAGCGAGCUGCUGGGGUCGUUCGGUGACAACGAACUCUCCCCCGAGUGCUUGGAUGGAGCGCAGCACUUCCUCAAAGAUGACGGAGUGAGCAUCCCCUCUUCCUACACGUCCUUCCUGGCUCCCCUGUCCUCCUCCAAGCUCUACAACGAGGUGCGGGGGUGCCGGGAGCGCGACAAGGACCCGGAGAGCCACUUUGAGACGCCCUACGUGGUGCGCCUCCAUAACUUCCACCAGUUGGCGGAGCCCAAAGCGUGCUUCACCUUCAAACACCCCACGACAGAUAUGAACAACAACCGGUACCAGUGCCUCCGAUUCUCAGUGGGCUGUAACACCGUGCUGCACGGUUUUGCCGGCUACUUUGAGACCACUCUGUACAAAGACGUCACACUCAGUAUAAAACCGGCCACGCAUUCACCUGGAAUGUUCUCUUGGUUCCCCAUCCUCUUCCCCCUCAAACAACCCAUCUCCAUAUCCCGGAACGAGGACGUCGCAGUGCGCUUCUGGCGCUGCAACAACGGGAAGAAGGUGUGGUACGAAUGGGCCGUGACCGAGCCCUCCUGCUCCGCCAUCCACAACCCAGCAGGACGCUCCUACACCAUCGGCCUGUGAUGAUGACAUCAACACACACACACGCAGGUUUCUGUAAGACUUGGUCGCAGUCUAAUUGUCCCGGCUCUCAUUUUUUAUACGUACACAACAUUAAAACCCGGACAUGUGAUGUAAAACACCUAAAGUGCAGUCUGGGUUUUAAAGACGGCAAAAGAAAAGAGUUGAUUGGAUGAACCAUGUUUUUCAUUGAGUGUUUUUGAGACGUCUGUUGAAGCGGGCGUGGACCAUCACCUGUACACAAAGUGUAUUGUUGCUGUGAGAUUGGCUCAUUCAGAUCAAACACCUCGUCACUGGUUUAUGGUCAGUCCUCCCCACCCCCCUCUGGUCUCAACAGGUGUUGCCGACACACUCGCCAAAGGAACCUUUGCCUUAUCGAACACAAACACCACACCGAUACCUGCGUACUUCCCCGUACAUGAGGGUCGGAGGAAGGUUAUGCCUUCAGGUCCCAUACAUGCUGUGUUUGGGGCUGUCUCUUACUCUUUUUGUUUGUUUGAACCAUGUCAAUAAAAACAACACUUAUGUACUU